CAGAAUCCAGUGCGUCUCAGCCCUCAGAAAACUCCACCUCCCACAAUGCUCUGCUCCAUUCUCAAGCUCUCGAACAGGAUCACAGACGUCUUUCAGGAGGAAAUAACGGGUGCUCGGCUGUCUGAAACCCGAUCUUCAAAAUAGCAAGCAUGGAAGAAAGACCUUCAAACCAACCCUGUUCAUUAGUUCUGUAAUUGAAAUCUCCCAUGGUUGGAUUCCUCCCUCUCGUAGCCUUCUCAGUUUAAUGUAGCAGUUUUGGAUGCGGGUUCGGCUUGUGCUGUUUACCAGUGCUGGAGGAAAAGGCCUAAUCCCAAAUCCUUCUGGAGGGCGCUAAGACACUGCCUGACUCGGAUUAACUACAUAUUAGAUUUGCCAGACAAGGGAGGAAGAACACCUGCUUGUUUUUUUUUUUUUACAGGCAAAUCCAGGCCGCGUUUCUCUGGGAAUUUUUGCACCAAUUUUUCUAUUGUCAAAAUCAUUGUUGGACUUUUAAAUCCAAAAAAAAAUAAAAAAUCUAGGUCGUUGUGUUGGGAUUGAAGAGUUUGGUUUGGAUGUGUGAUGAGGAUGGUAAAGGAAUAGUGAGCAGGAGGGGAUCUGGAUCAUUCUAUUAGCUGAGCUGGACGGAGGAAAAAAAGAAAGGGUGAAGAAACAGGAGAGUCGUUCUUAUUCUGCUGUGGUGUUUGCUCGGUGGAAACCUGCAUUGGUUGCGAUGGCGAGUCAGACUGGAGUAAGCGCUGCUGUGUGAAGGACUUCACUUGACGCUCAUCUGUCAGAUAAGCAGAGGAAGAUGAAGCUGAAGAAGCAGGUGACAGUCUGCGGAGGGGCCAUCUUCUGUGUGGCCGUCUUCUCCCUCUAUCUGAUGUUGGACCGCGUCCAGCACGAUCCGGCCAGGAGACAGAACGGCGGGAACUUUCCGAGGAGCCAGAUUUCGGUGUUGCAGAACCGCAUCGAGCAGCUGGAACAGCUCCUGGAGGAGAACCAUCAGAUCAUCAGCCACAUUAAAGACUCAGUGCUAGAGCUCACUGAUACGGGCGCCAUCUCUCCCAGUGGACACCUGCCCUUCCGGAGCGCCAACGGCUCCUGGGUGCUGCCGUUUGAUGGACGGCCCACGUUUCUCUCAGUCAAGCCAUUGGACUGCCAGUUUGCUCUGGGCCGCAGGAGCCAAACUGACCUGCAGAUGCUGGAUGUUUAUUCCUUGCUGAACUUUGAUAAUGUGGACGGAGGGGUCUGGAAGCAAGGCUUUGAGAUCACCUAUGAGCCCAACGAGUGGGACGAUGAGCCCUUGCAGGUGUUUGUGGUUCCGCAUUCGCACAACGAUCCAGGAUGGAUCAAAACGUUUGACAAGUACUACAACGACCAGACCCAGCACAUCUUAAACAACAUGGUGACGAAGAUGGCAGAAGAUCCUCGCCGGAAGUUCAUCUGGUCGGAAAUAUCGUACUUCGCCAAAUGGUGGGAAAGCGCAGAUGUGCAUAAACAAGAGGUUAUGCGCAAGCUAAUCCUCAGUGGACAGCUGGAGAUGGUAACCGGAGGCUGGGUGAUGACGGACGAAGCCAACGCUCACUAUUUCGCCAUGAUCGAUCAGCUCAUUGAAGGCCAUCAGUGGCUGGAGAGGAAUCUGGGUGUGACCCCUCGCUCGGGCUGGGCUGUUGAUCCAUUCGGGCACAGCGCCACCAUGCCUUACCUGCUGAAACGGGCCAACAUAAGCAGCAUGUUGAUCCAGAGGGUCCAUUACUCCAUCAAGAAGCACUUCGCAGCCACACGCAGCCUUGAGUUCAUGUGGAGACAGGCCUGGGAUAUCGAGUCGAGCACAGACAUGUUCUGCCACAUGAUGCCGUUUUACAGCUAUGAUGUGCCUCACACGUGCGGCCCCGACCCCAAAAUCUGCUGCCAGUUUGAUUUCAAGAGGCUGCCGGGCAGUCGAGUCAACUGCCCGUGGAAGGUGCCGCCCAGAGCUAUCAAUGAUGCCAAUGUGGCCGAGAGAGCUGGCGUUCUGCUCGAUCAAUAUCGUAAAAAAUCGAAGCUGUUCCGGAGCAAAGUGUUGCUGGUUCCUCUGGGGGACGACUUUCGCUAUGAUAAAGCUUUAGAGUGGGACCAGCAGUACUUGAACUACCAGAAACUGUUCGAUUACAUGAACUCCCAUCCAGAAAUGCACGUGAAGGCUCAGUUUGCGACGCUGUCAGACUACUUUGAUGCGGUGUACAAGGCUAAUGGAGUGACUUCGGGGGCGAGACCACCCGAUUACCCUGUGCUGAGCGGAGACUUCUUCGCUUAUGCAGACAGAGAGGACCAUUACUGGAGUGGAUACUACACCUCGCGACCCUUCUACAAAAACCUGGACCGCAUUUUAGAAUCUCACCUAAGAGGGGCAGAAAUCCUCUAUAGUUUGGCGGUGGCUCAUGCACGACAUGCAGGAGUUGAAGGACGAUAUCCGGUUUCAGAUUACUCUCUCCUGACUGAUGCCAGGCGAAACAUUGGGCUGUUCCAGCAUCAUGAUGCCAUCACGGGCACUGCCAAAGAGGCUGUCGUCAUCGACUACGGGAACAGGCUGUUACGUUCUCUGGUGGGUCUGAAACGAGUGAUCAUUAAUGCAGCGCACUUCCUGAUAAUAAAGAAUAAAGACAUUUAUCGCUUCUACCAGACAGAGCCCUUCUUGGAGACGGAUGAUAGACGCGCCACACAGGACUCUCUCCCGCAGCGUACGCUUAUCGAGCUGGAAUCUUCACCAAGGUAUCUGGUGCUGUUUAACCCGGUGGAGCAGGAGCGUCUGUGUUUGGUCACUGUCCUGGUGAAUUCGGCAAGAGUGAGGGUGCUUACAGAAGACGGACAAACGCUACCGGUGCAGCUCAGCGCGCAGUGGAUGUCCGCUACGGAGAUGAGUGGGGAGGUUUAUCAGGCUUCUUUCAUGGCACGUCUGCCGGCUCUGGGAUUGGCCGUCUUCCACCUGUACGACUCUGCUGAUUCGCCCAUGACUCUGCGCUCCGAGACGCUGCUCAGGGUUCCAGGACGGGGUCAGAGCAUUCGGGGUUUGGAUCCUCUGCCUGUGCGCUCACAAACUGUUGAUGGACAGCCGUUCUACAUCCAAAGCCAAUCCCUCACUCUGGGCUUCUCUGGAGCCACAGGGCUGCUGGAGAGCAUUCGACGGAAAGACGAUCCCCAGGAGGUGAGGGUACAGAUUCAGUUCCUCACCUACGGUACGCGACCCUCCAAGGACAAGAGCGGGGCCUAUCUGUUCCUGCCGGAUGGAAAUGCUAAGCCGUAUUCGCAGAGAGAGGCCCCUAUCGUGCGUGUGGUUGAAGGUCCUCUGUUCGCAGAGGUUGUGGCACAUUAUCAGCACUUCCAGCAGACGGUCCGCAUUCAUAAUGUUCCAGGGGUUGACGGUCUUUCUUUGGACAUCACCACUAUGGUGGACAUCAGAGAUCAGAAUAACAAAGAGCUGGCCAUGAGGUUCGUCACCGACAUCCAGAGCGGAGAUACUUUCUACACGGAUCUCAACGGCUUUCAGAUUCAGCCUCGGCGAUACUUCCAGAAACUUCCACUACAAGCCAAUUUCUACCCCAUGCCCAGCACAGCAUACAUCCAGGACAGCCAGUACCGGCUCACGCUCCACACGGCACAGGCUCUGGGGGUUACCAGUCUGGCCAGCGGUCAGCUGGAGGUAAUCCUGGACCGCAGACUGAUGCAGGAUGAUAACAGGGGAUUGGGACAAGGCCUGAAAGACAACAAACGGACAGCUAACAGGUUCCGUCUUCUGCUGGAGAGGCGGAGCAACAGUGCAAAGCCUGCUGGCUCCUAUGCCAACAUGCUAAACAAAAUCAUUGCUGGUAUUUUAGGAGACGGCCAGGAAGAGCCGGUGGACAGCAGACCGGUCAGCUUCCCGUCUCUGCUCAGUCACAUGACCUCCACCAUCCUCAACCAUGAGGUGCUGGCACUGCCCGUGUUGCCCAGGAAACAUGGCGUGCCACCCAUGCGAACCUUCGCCCCAUUGGCUGGCACUCUGCCCUGCGACUUCCACCUGCUGAACCUCAGGAGCAUCCAAAGCCCGCAGGACGCUCACUCUCCAUCUCCCUAUAUGGCUUUGCUGCUGCACAGACUGGGUUUGGACUGUGGUCUGGAGCCGCAGAAUCCUGGUUUCAACUGCACCACCACACAAGGCCAGCUCUCCGUUUCUGGGCUGUUCCGUGGGCUGGAUCUCCAGCUCCUGCAGCCCAUGUCUCUGUCUCUGAUGCACUCUCAGCCUCCGCUCUCUAACGACUCCUCCGUCAGUCUGGAGCCAAUGGAGAUCUCCGCCUACAAGCUCAAGCUGUGCUAGAACCAUGCUGCUCCAGAACCGGGCUCUCCGGGUGGACCCUUGGAACCUGUGCGAAAGCAUAGAGAUGAGCAAUUGGAUGAGCAGCGAACUCUUUUCUGAGAUGGUUGAUCCACUUAAUGUAUCCAAAUCAACAUGAAGGCGCUCGAUAUAGGGGAGACAUAAAAACAGAGCGUUCCAGCCAAAGUCAGAUUUGGUAGCCGGGCAGGGUGUUGAGAUAAGAAUGUCCGCACAUGUUUUUGUUUUGUUUUUUGGGGAGAUUUUAUCAAGCAGAGCGCUGAUCGGUCAACAUUUUCUUUAUCCAGCAGUGCCGACCAUUGUUUUUUCUUGUUUCCUUUUUGUCUUUGGCUGGAACUUGCUGACCGUUUCUCAUUCUUUCUUUUUAUAUAUCGUCCCUGGAGUUCGUACUAUAU